AAAAAAUCUUGUAAAUUGCGACUGAAAAUGUCUUACCACCACAAGAUUUUUAUUUUUAAGGAAAAACAGAAAACACAGUAGAGAGUUAAACUGACUGACUCAGUAGCCAAAUUAUAAAUUAAAAAAAAAAAAAUCUCAGUAGCCAAAUUUGGUAAUUGGUAAGAGAGAGAAGUAAGAGAGAAAGGUGUGGCUUUGGUUUUCUGGGUUUCAAUUGGUGGUAGCAGAGAGAGAGAGAGAGAGUCAUGGCAACUGCGAUACGCGGUCGAGUCCCUCUUUCUCCCAAUCACGCUUUCAAUCCUCCCAAAUCAGGGGACAGAUCCUAUUUUCAUAAACAAUGCUCAAUCCGGAACUUCUUAAUGACAUUAUCAACCACGGCCCUCGGGAAAGGUGGCGGGUUGUUGGAGAAGCCAACCAUAGAGAAAACAAAACCAGGCCGCAAGUCUGAGUUUGACAAAAGGAGAUCAAGGAAAAUGUCACCACCUUACUGCGUGCUGCUGCACAAUGACAACUUCAAUAAACGGGAGUAUGUUGUGCAAGUUCUGAUGAAAGUAAUCCCUGAAAUGACCCUUGACAACGCAGUUAACAUCAUGCAAGAGGCACAUUACAAUGGCAUGUCAGUCGUGAUUAUCUGUGCGCAAGUCGACGCAGAAGAGCAUUGUAUGCAGUUGAGGGGUAAUGGCCUCCUUAGCUCGAUAGAGCCUGCAAGCGACGGUUGUUGACAUUUAUGUAGAAUGAGUGAAUCAUAGGUAACAGCAGCAGCUGUUGUUCCAAGUAUAGAUUUAUGCUUAUAUGUACAUAACUCAUAGAAUUAUCAAUGUGAAAAUGUACUUUAUUACAAUGUCUGCUCACUAAGAUGUGCGAAGUAGCAUAGUUGUGGCCCAUUGUGUUUC